UCGGGCCGUUCCCCUCCCGGCUGACGGCUGGGCCCCUCUCCCCGCUCCCAGGAUGCGGAUCGUGGACGACGAUGUCAGCUGGAACAGCAUCGCUGCCGCGCAGGAGAAGGAGGAGGAGGAGGAGGACGAAGGGGACAUGCCCGUGGUGGCAGAGUUUAUCGACGAGCGUCCAGAUGAAGUGAAGCUCAUGGAGGAAUUCCGAACAAAUGCUAAAUGGAAACUUUUAGGAGACCAGAACGAAGACUCACAAAGCUCAGAUGUUUCAGUACCUGCCAAAUCUACCGUGAGGAGACAGCGACAUGACUCUCUGGACAGCUCGCCACCCAGGAGGCUGCGGCACGACACCCCGGACAGGUCGCCUCCAGGGCGACAGCGCCAUGACUCCCCGGAUCCGUCCCCUCCCAGGCGAGAGAGAAACAAUUCCCCCAGCCUCUUGCCUCCCAGGCGACAGCGCCACGACUCCCCUGACCUCUCCCCGCCAAGAAGGAAGCGCCACGACUCCCCUGACCUGUCACCACCCAGAAGGAAGCCGAAUGGCUCCCCUGACCUCUCCCCACCAAGAAGGAAGCGUCACGACUCCCCAGACCUGUCACCACCCAAAAGGAAGCAGAAUGGCUCCCCAGACCUCUGUUCUGCAAGACGGAAGCGCCACGACUCCCCAGACCUGUCACCCCCCAGGCGACAGCGCCACGACUCCCCAGACCUGUCACCCCCCAGGCGACAGCGCCACGACUCCCCAGACUUGUCACCCCCCAGGCGACAGCGCCACGACUCCCCUAACGUCUCUCCAAAGAGAGUCAGUUCAGCAAUGGGGAAAAAGGGCUGCAAAACCACAGACAAGUCACGCUCAGGGGGAGCCCAAGGGGAGCAGUCGCAGCUCAGGCACGGCGUCUCUGACAAGUCCUCGUCACGUCCGAAGCGUCAGGCUACGCCAGAUCUGUCCCCUCCACGGAAGAAGAGGUACGAUUCUGACCCAGAUUCGUCACCGCCUCGGAGAAAGAGGACUGGGUCACCUAGUCUGAAAAAGAGCAGAGCAAAAGGUGCUUCUCCAGCCACGAAAAAGCUUAGGCCGGUGCCCUCGCCUCAGCGGCACCCAAGGCACGACUCUGACCCUCCAUCUCCACGGAGGGGUACCCGGGACGCCUCGGAUGCAGACCACAGGCUAGGCCGUGUACGCAGCAACUCCCCUAAGCGUGGCCCUCUCAAACAGAAUCACAGCAAAUCUUCAGACUCUGAUUUGUCUCCUCCACGACGGACGCAACCAUCUGGAAAGGAUCAGCGCGGUUCAGGGAGUCCCCCUGACGUCUCACCUCAUCGCCACCGUGACGCUAAGGGAUCUCCCAAGAAGGCAAACAUGAUGUUAUCGGGGGUCAAGGCUGGUUUGGUGUCGGCUGACGUGCUGCGGAGGGAACAGCAGGAGCUCAGGAGGCAUGAGAGAAAUAACAAGCACUUGGAAGAGGAGUCACGACACUCUGAGACCGUCUUCCGAGACAAGUCGGGCCGCAAGCGGGACCUCGCGCAGGAGCGGCUGGAGCAGAGGCAGAAAGAUGAAGCGAAGUCGGAGAGAGACGAGCAAUACGCCAAGUGGGGUAAAGGGCUGGCGCAGGGGAGGCAACAGCAGCAGAACGUGGAAGAUGCGAUAAAAGAGAUGCAGAAGCCGUUGGCCCGUUAUAUUGAUGACCAGGAUCUGGAUCGAAUGCUGAGGGAACAAGAGAGAGAAGGAGACCCCAUGGCUGAAUUCAUCAAAAAAAGAAAGGCCAAGGAGAACAAAGAAAAGAAAGAAAAACCUAGGUACAAGGGACCAGCACCUCCGCUCAACAGAUUUAAUAUAUGGCCCGGGCAUCGCUGGGAUGGUGUGGACAGGUCCAAUGGAUUCGAGCAGCAGCGCUUUGCCAGGAUGGCCAACAAGAAGGCGGUUCAGGAGCUUGCGUACAAGUGGAGCGUUGAGGACAUGUAGACAAGGAGAAGAACCGUGCAAGCAGCGCUCCUGAGCUGAUGCUACGGAGGUUCACCUACUGCCUGGACCGAGCCCUGUCCUCGGCGUUCGGCAUCCCAACGGACCGUCUUCCGAGAGGCGAGGCAGAAUCUAGAGGAGGGCUGCCGAAAGAGCAUUUUCCUGUCAGCCAGAGGGGCCGAGCACGGAGAAGUGCAGCGGUGCUCCUUGGAGCCGCCCCGCGGCUGGGCGUGG